AUGACUAUAUCGUCUGGUAGCACAGAAGAGAUGUUUCGCCCACCGCUUAACCGUGGGAUGCAGCUGCUUGAUCGCUCCUUGUUCAAAAAAACCAUCCUCAUUUCUGCUGCGAAAGUGGUAGAUAGAAAGCGAAUCAAAGACUUUCGCACUACACUUAAUCAUGAUUUGUUAAGACUUGAUCGUUUCCAGACGGUCCAGAACAUCCUAGAGCCAAACGGCGAGCAAAGCAAGGCACUGCUACUUAAUCAAAGCAUCUAUCCAUCUGAUGAUAUCAUGUGCUCGAUUCUGCCAGAAGAUGAGCACGACAAUAUUCCAACCGGUUUUAGCGUCGUGGGCCACGUAGUCCAUUUAAACCUGCGAUCAGAACACCUUCCAUACAAACACCUCAUUGCAACUCUUUUGCUCGACAAGGUGCCUAGCGCUCGUAGCAUCAUCAACAAGAUCGAUGAUGUCGGCUCCGGAAACGCUUUUCGUACCUUUAAUUACGAGCUUCUGGCUGGAGAUCCGGAUCUGAAUGUCGAAGUCAACGAAGAGGGCUGCCUCUUUACUUUUGACUACUCCAAAGUAUAUUGGAAUAGUAGACUGAACACUGAACACAGACGCAUAGUCCAGCAAUUUAAGCCUGGGGAGGCCAUCUGUGAUGUCAUGGCAGGCGUUGGUCCUUUUGCUUUACCAGCAGGGAGAAAGAGAUGCUGGGUGAUGGCAAACGAUUUGAAUCCAGCCAGCUUUGACAGCCUUGCAGGUGGGAUCCAGCGUAACAAGGUCCAGAAUUUUGUUAAGGCUCACAAAGAAGAUGGCAACUCUUUUGUCCGAUCUUCCACAAUGCAGCUUCUGAACGAGGACGUUGAAAUCGAUGUCACACCUUCGCGUCCUCGUCACAGCAGAGAUGAUGCAGCGUCCAAAUUGGUCAAAAAACAAGUGAUGAGACGACCCCGUGUCUUCUCGCAUUAUGUACUCAAUUUACCGGCAAGCGCACUGACAUUCCUCCCGUCUUUCGUCGGCGUCUAUGCCGGAUAUGAAAGACUUUUCAGUCCUCACACAGAUACAGAGCUACCGUUGGUACACGUCUACUGCUUCAAUACUAAAAGCGACAAUGUUGAGGAGGUUGAACACGACAUCUGCAGAGAAAUAAGCCAGCAGAUUGGCCAUGAUAUGCAUCCUGAAAGUGAAGGUGAAAAGGAAGGGUCUGUGUCCAUCUGGGACGUGAGAGAUGUUGCACCAAAUAAGAGAAUGUUCUGUGCCAGCUUCAGACUGCCAGAGAAGGUUGCCUAUGGACAUUUUUGA